AUGCCUCCAGUCGACCUCCACGCAGGGAUAAUAGGGGCGGGCAUGGGCGGACUUGCGGCGGCUAUUGCACUGCGUCGAGGAGGAGUCAAGGUCACGAUUCUCGAGGCUGCAACCGAACUUGGCGAGAUUGGCGCGGGGAUCCAGAUUUUCUCCAAUAUUUCAAAGUACAUCAUCCGCUGGGAUGUCGACGAGAUCAUCGGCGAGAACCUGGUGCAGGUGGACGAAGUGCGGACGUGGGGGGUCAACGGGGAGGUGGUGACGAGAGUCGAUCCGAAACGCGUCCAAAAGAUCACUGGCUUCCCUCACCUGAUCGCUCGUCGAGACCAUCUACACGCGGGUCUUACAGAAUCGGCGCGCCGACAUGGAGUUGAGAUUAUUGUCGGAGCACGGGUGCAAGAGCUUGAGCAUUCCGAAAAGUCGGCGACGGUCAUCACGACGAAGGGCAUCUCCUACACGUUCGAUCUCGUGGUCGGGUGUGACGGCAUCAAAUCGACGAUCCGACAACAUCUCUUCCCAGAUGUCAAGCCUCGUGCUCCAUCCAAGGUUGCCGCCUACCGCGGAGUGCUAACUUAUGAGGAGAUCAAGACCAAGGCCCCCGAAGCGGCGUCGAUAUUGACCAACACCAUGGACAUGUGGACGGGGCCAAACGGCUAUAUAAUGACCUACCCACUCUCUGGGGGGAAAGAGUUAAACGUCGUCACGUCGUUCUGCAAGGACUACUACGUUGAGAAGAUGGAAGAGGUCGACAUCGAUGAAUUCAGAGGAUACUACAAGGAUUACAGCCCAGCUAUCCAGUCCAUCAUCAAAUUGGUCAACUAUACGCAACGAUGGCCCCUCCUGGUGAUGCCUCCAAUGGACCGGUGGUCGAACGAGGCCAGAAACGUGGUAUUGCUGGGCGACGCCGCGCAUUGCAUGCAGAACCAUGUGGGACAGGGAGCAGCCACGGCGAUCGAAGACGGCGUCUUCCUUGGGCGUGUGAUGAGUGAAGUUGUGCGCGGGACGCUCACAGUCCCCGAGGCGGUGUCCAUCUACGAGCAGAAACGCAUACCCAGAGCAUGGACCAAACAACAAGUAUCUCUCGUUUCGGGCGAGUUGAACAUGUGCUCCAGUGCGGAAGACCUGCGAAAGCGGAACGCAUCGUCCUUGCCCGAAGUGCAGGGCCUCGAGAACGGCGAGGCCAGGAGUCAAUUUCCGCCUCUUCCGCCAGAGUAUCGAUCGUGGCAGAUGUUCGAUUCACCAGAGAGCGUGCCUGGGAUCUUCUACUAUGAUGCUGAAGGCGAUGCCGAUAACGCGGUAUGUGAGCUCUUGCAGGCCAGGGAUCGCGAGGCCGGAAAGGUAGAUGAAUUGACGAUGGUAAGUCAGGCACUGAGGAAGAAGUGGUGGGCAGCCACCGAGUUCAACGGCAUUGGGUGA